AUGAGAGGUGGGAGUACUGGGGACACAAGAAGCGGGGACCUCACCCCGCGAGCUUCCUUAUAAACUCCAGGGCAGGGUCUGGGGCGCCAUGUGUCAGCUUUCCUAGGCUUAAUGCUGAGAUGGCACUCCCAGGUGGCUGACAUGAAAGCAGCCUCGUAAAAGGGUCAGCGUCAUUAGGAUGAUGAACCAGCUGGUGUUUGGCGAUCCGAAGUGGAUGAAAGGCGCAGGGUGAAGACGCCCUGCGUUACCCUGGCUUGGUUGGGCAGGGCUUCCAGAGAACGAUGAAAGCUCGGGGAACUGGGCUCAAAGUGUCUCUUGCCUUUCCCGGGAAGAAGCCGUGGACGUACUCCAAGGUCAGAAAGAUACCAGUGGGGAUUCUUUCCCUCCAGAGUCCUGGGUCACCUGGUCCCCACCCAACUCAGACUCCCUGGAGCCUUUCAGGGGACUCUCUAGGAUUGGAAGUUGCUAUGGCAACGAGGCUCUUGGAAUACUGAAAACAGCCAAGCCUUAGAGAGGCUAUCACCACCUGUACACCCCACGUCCCACCCACGGGUAAAGUGGCGCCGCCUACGCACAGGAAAAGUCCCUGGGCUCCCGCCCCGGCGCGGAGACCACCGUGGACCUCCGGGGGCGGGAGGCCGCUCUGGUCCCAAACGGAGCCUCUCGCUGGUAGACUAGCUCGAGGGAGCCUUUCUGGGCGCAGCGCCGCUGAGCUGCUCUAUGCUCCAACCGGAAGUGCUCUUCACCGCCUGCCUCCCACCCAGCUCUCUGGUCCCGGCGGUAAGAUGGCGGCUGCCGCGGAGUGCGAUGUGGUAAUGGCGGCGACCGAGCCAGAGCUGCUGGACGACGAAGAGGCGAAGAGGGAAGCAGAGACUUUCAAGGAGCAAGGAAAUGCAUACUAUGCCAAGAAAGAUUACAAUGAAGCUUAUAAUUAUUAUACAAAAGCCAUAGAUAUGUGUCCUAAAAAUGCUAGCUAUUAUGGUAAUCGAGCAGCCACCUUGAUGAUGCUUGGAAGGUUCCGGGAAGCCCUUGGAGAUGCACAACAGUCAGUGAGGUUGGAUGACAGUUUUGUCCGGGGACAUCUACGAGAAGGCAAGUGCCACCUCUCUCUAGGGAAUGCCAUGGCAGCAUGUCGCAGUUUCCAGAGAGCCCUAGAACUGGAUCAUAAAAAUGCUCAGGCCCAGCAAGAGUUCAAGAAUGCUAAUGCAGUCAUGGAAUAUGAGAAAAUAGCAGAAACAGAUUUUGAGAAGCGAGAUUUUCGGAAGGUUGUUUUCUGCAUGGACCGUGCCCUAGAAUUUGCCCCUGCCUGCCAUCGCUUCAAAAUCCUCAAGGCAGAAUGUUUAGCAAUGCUGGGUCGUUAUCCAGAAGCACAGUCUGUGGCUAGUGACAUUCUACGAAUGGAUUCCACCAAUGCAGAUGCUCUGUAUGUACGAGGUCUUUGCCUUUAUUACGAAGACUGUAUUGAGAAGGCAGUUCAGUUUUUUGUACAGGCUCUCAGGAUGGCCCCUGACCAUGAGAAGGCCUGCAUUGCCUGCAGAAAUGCCAAAGCACUUAAAGCAAAGAAAGAAGAUGGAAAUAAAGCAUUUAAGGAAGGAAAUUACAAACUAGCAUAUGAACUGUACACAGAAGCCCUGGGGAUAGACCCCAACAAUAUAAAAACAAAUGCUAAACUCUACUGUAAUCGGGGUACGGUUAAUUCCAAGCUUAGGAAACUAGAUGAUGCAAUAGAAGACUGCACAAAUGCAGUGAAGCUUGAUGACACUUACAUAAAAGCCUACUUGAGAAGAGCUCAGUGUUACAUGGACACAGAACAGUAUGAAGAAGCAGUACGAGACUAUGAAAAAGUGUAUCAGACGGAGAAAACAAAAGAACAUAAACAGCUCCUAAAAAAUGCACAGCUGGAACUGAAGAAGAGUAAGAGGAAAGAUUACUACAAGAUUCUGGGAGUGGACAAGAAUGCCUCUGAGGACGAGAUCAAGAAAGCUUAUCGGAAACGGGCCUUGAUGCACCAUCCAGGUAGAGUAGGUGGGAGGAGGGGCUCAGUGGGAAGAACCCGCAGGGCAGGCCAACUGCCAGACUCAGUCCAGAGGGGAUGCCUUGGAGAAGAAAGCUUUUCUUUGGGGCAGCACUUGGAAGGGGAAGGGAACACGUCCUGGGAGUGGGAUCACAUAGCAUGUUUUGCGCAGGAUGGGGCAGGUUUGCUCACAUGCAGUCUGAAGUGUUGGGAAAGGAGGGGAGUGAGACUAUCUGGGACAGCUUUAGAGACCUGUUCUCAGUGUCAUCAGUUCUCUUCAGACCUUUCUAAUCUUUUCACCUUUUCUUCCCUUCCAUGUUACUUGCCCUGCUGUACAGAUUUUGAUGCAAACAAUAUCUUCAAGGCAUUCUUCGGCGGUCCUGGAGGCUUUAGCUUUGAAGCAUCUGGUCCAGGGAAUUUCUUUUUUCAGUUUGGCUAA